AUGUCUAACAGCGAGUACUUUGAGGAACAGAUUCCGGGUCAACCGAUCAUCAACAAUUCGCAGAUGGCACUGGCGGGUGCUCGUCCGCAAGGAACCUUGGGAACCCCAAUCACAAUGUUGACGAAUCAUUUUUUAAUGACCAUCCCGCCUGACCUUGUGGUUUUUCACUAUGACGUGGAGGUGAAUUUCGCAAGAGGGAAAAUCAGGGAGUCGCUGACAGAUCGGGGUACUGAAUGUCGUCAAAGGCGAAUGCACGACCGGCUGGAAUCGCGCGAAGAGUGCUUUGUGCUUUACAAGGGAUUAUACGCUAAAUAUCCGAAGAUCUUUAGCAGUGACAGAAGAUUCGAAAUCUUUUACGACGGAAGAAAAAACCUGUUUUCUCUGAGCCAGCUAGACAUCAGUAAAGCCCAUCCGUUUACGGCCAUGUUUCGAAAGCCCAACGGCGAUGAGGCAACGUUUAAGGUCACACCUUGCGAUCCGUUGACUGUUAACGCGUCUGACAUCAUCAGUGGAUUUGCUGGCAAUUUCAUUGACUUCGAUCGAAGCGCGUUGCAGGUGCUCGACGUGAUCACAAGCAUGAAGCUGAAUCUGAAUCUUGGAAAAGAAGAGUACAUGCAGUUCGGACCGUUCUAUUUUACGAGUUUGAUCACACAGCCUUUCGGAGCCGGAAUGCAGAUUUACGAUGGCUUGUUCAAGUCCAUCAGACCGCUAACUGGUAGUUCAGCUAUUGCUGAGCGAUACGUGCUUACGCUCAACAUUGACACUAGAAAAGCUCCGUUUUUCGCUGCUCAAGAUAUGCUCACCACCAUCUGCGAAGUACUGAAGCUCUCUGCCGUACCUACCGGUCCAUUGGCUUCCUAUCAACUCCAAAUUUUGAAUCACUUUUUGAAAGGGUUGAAGGUUAAGGCUUUGCAUACAAAACAAGCAUUCAAAAUUACUGGAAUAUCGCCGAAGACUUCGAAUACUUACGAAUUUGCGGUUGAUGAUGAACAUAGAGUAACGGUAACGAACUACUUCAAGGAAAAAUAUAACAUUAAACUAAAGUUCGUGAACCUUCCUGUAGUGUUGAAAGGUCGUUCUGCUUUUCCCAUGGAAGUCCUCCAGAUACGGCCAUAUCAAAAAAUUGCUUUAAGCCGCCUGACCGUCGAAGAUCAAGCGGCUUUCAUUAGAGCUAACUCGCUUGUUCCUUAUGACCGUAUGCAAGCCAUCAUGCGCAAGUUAUACAUAGAAGAGAGUCACAACCUUGAUGCACCUUUCUCAGUGGACAUCGACCGGCGGCCUUUCGGUUCAGUUGCACUUCGAGCCGAAGACGUGAUGGGCAUCAUGCAAUAG